AGCAGCCGCAGCCAUUUUAGAUACUGCUCUGUACUCUUUGCCGUUAUUUAAAAUAGUAAUCACUAAAUACCUGUCUUUUUCACCAAAUUAGAAAUCAUCAAGGUAACUAACUGGUAAAUCUUAAUUAGUAUAAAAGUAACUACUUAAUUCGGGUUUAUCUCUCUGUUCGUGGGCUCACAGUAGGAGCUCUGGUUCAGGGUGCGGCUCAGAAACACAGAGCUGACGAACACUCUGUGAAAGAGGACUUAAGUAACUCUACGAAUCGUCUAUAAUAACUCAACAUCACUAUGAAGAGAGCGCUUCUACUCAUUCUCUUCACAUAUAUUUCGAUCGGUGUGUUUGGUGCUGAUGUUGAGGUGUCAGUGAUGGUUGGAGAUUCUUUCACUUUACACACCGAUACAAAAAUACAGGCAGAAGAUGUGAUAGAGUGGAGUUUUGGACAAGAAGCUAUUGCUAUGAUCAAUGAAGGGUACCCUGAGAUCUCAGCAUCUGAUGAUUUAAAAAACAGACUGCAGCUGGACAAACAGACUGGGGAUCUCACGAUCAGAAACAUCAAAACCACAGACUCUGGAGAUUAUAAAUUUGAGAUCAUCAAGACUACACGGUCAUCAGAAAAGACAUUAAGUGUUAGGGUUGUGCCUGCACAUGAAUUGAAGCCAGUGUCACUGACGGAGACAGAUUUUGUCACUCUAAACACUGAUGUUCCAGAUAUACAGAGAUAUGAUAAGAUACAGUGGAGGUUUGAUCAAAAAUCUCCUGUGGCUGCAAUCAAUAGAAGCACUGGAAAAGUCUCUACAUAUGAUGGUCCUGAUAGGAUAUUCAAAGACAGACUUAAGCUGGAUAAUCAAACUGGAUCUCUGACCAUCAAGAGUAUCAGAAUCACAGACUCUGGACUUUAUGUAGUUGAUAUCAGCAGCAGUGGCAAAUACACUAUACACAAGUCAUUCACUUUGACUGUCAAAGAAAAAACUAAGUUAUCAUCAGUGAAAGAGGGAUAUUUUCUCAUUCUACCCACUGAUCUUACUAAAGUACAAGAGGACGAUGUGAUACAGUGGAGACACGGAGACACUUGUGUAGCUAAAACCAUUGAAACAGUAGAACAGUUGCCUACAUGUGAUGCCAAUGCCACGGGAUUCGGAGGCAGAUUGAAGCUGGAUUAUCAGACUGGAUCUCUGAUCAUCACAGACAUCAAAACCACAGACUCUGGACUUUAUAAACUAGACAUCAGCAACAACAGACGCACCAUAAACAAGAGAUUCACUGUUAAUGUCAUCGUGUCAGCGAAGGAGGGAAGUACUGUCAUUCUAAACACUGGUAUUGAAAUACUGAAAGUUGAUGAGAUACAGUGGAAGUUUGGAGAUGAAGUCAUCCCCACUGCUCACUUAAACAAGAAAUGGAGCAACAUUCAUCUGAAUGAUCAUAAUGGAGACCUCAUCAUCAGAAACAUCAAAAGAGAGCAGUUUGGAGAUUAUGAAGUUGAGACCAAAAACGGAACUAAUCAGAAGAAAUUUCGUGUUGAAAUUAAUGAUGCAGUGAAGAAACUGUCAGUGAAGGAGGGAGAUUCUGUUACUUUACACACUGAUACUGAAACACAGAAUGAUGAUCUGAUACAGUGGAUGUUUGGAGACACUGUCAUAGCUGAAAUUGACAAAGCUGCCCAACGAUUCUCCAUAUCUGAUUAUCCUGAUGGAAGAUUCAGAGACAGACUGAAGCUGGAUCAUCAGACUGGAUCUCUGACCAUCACAAACAUCAGAACCACAGACUCUGGACUUUAUGAACUGAAGAUCAGCAGCAGCAGAUACACUAUAAACAGGAGAUUCAUUGUUACUGUCACUGGUGAGUAGAUCAAAUCUGUCAAUAUAAAAGUGAUCUUAUUUAGAUCAGAGCUCUAACAACAAUUUUAAAGUUAAACGAAUACAGGUGUUCACAACUUUACACUUAAUUUGUUAAACAUAACUUUUGUAUUUUAAAUGGUUGUACUUUGUUAGUUAAUAAAGAAAAUACUAAGCUGCAUAAUUCAUACCGCAAUGGAUGCUGGGAGUCAGAGAUGAGUAUAAAGCUUUCUG